CUCGCCCCAACCCCACUUUACGGUUAAAAGUCGUUACACAUCACCCAAUCUCCUCUCCAGUCUUGCCGAAGCUGCAACAGCAGCAGCAAGAAGUCAAGAAGGCAUGGUGUAGUGUAGUAGCAGCUUGUUUUUGCAUCAAUGGCUUCUCUCCACUUGACUUCGUCCAGGCCCCAAUCCCAAUCUAUUCCAUUAUCUAAACUUCAGAAUGGCACUACUAGUUGUUAUACCAAAACAAGAUGCUGCUACUACGGCUACUAUCCCUUUUUUCCUAAGCCUCCAUUCUCGCUCCGGAAUUCACAAAUUAGGUACAGUUUCUGCUGCAGGAAUAACGGUCUAGCUUUGGGCUUUACCGUAUCAUAUAAGCUCGAAACCUCGAAAGAUAAUGUUUUGACGCAGAGCAAGAAGAAGAAGAAGAAGGAGGAGGGGGAUAAGAAGAGCAAGAUUGUAGUCCCGGAGUCCAAUGAGGUGCCUUCGCUUUCAGAGGAGGGACCCGCUGGAAUAAGUAAUGGCGGCACCCGACAACCGGCGACUCGGAAGACCCAGUUGGGAGGGGUUGGAGGGUCAUGGAAGAGUAGUAUUUGGAGGAGGGUGUUGGCUAUUCUCUCUAAUUUGCCUUUGGCUCUAGCAGAAAUGGCCGCUGUUGCUGCCCUGAUGGCUUUGGGGACUGUGAUUGAUCAAGGCGAGACCCCGGACUUUUAUUUUCGCAAGUAUCCUGAAGAUAAUCCUGUCCUGGGAUUCUUCACGUGGAGAUGGGUUCUCACCCUUGGUUUCGAUCACAUGUUUACGUCCCCCAUUUUCUUUGGAACUUUGGUUCUCUUGGGAGCAUCACUCAUGGCUUGUACGUACACUACCCAGAUCCCCCUUGUCAGAGUAGCAAGAAGAUGGUCUUUCUUAUACUCGGCUGAGGUGAUUCGGAAGCAGGAAUACACUGACACUCUACCUCAAGCGUCGAUUAAGGAUUUGGGUGUCAUUCUGAUGGGAGCUGGAUAUGAGGUAUUCUUGAAAGGACCAUCUUUGUAUGCCUUUAAGGGUUUGGCUGGUCGGUUUGCUCCAAUUGGAGUACAUUUAGCACUGCUGCUGAUAAUGGCCGGAGGAACUCUCAGUUCUGCUGGUAGCUUUAGAGGAUCGGUAACAGUUCCACAAGGCCUAAAUUUUGUUGUAGGAGAUGUACUGGGACCCAGUGGAUUUUUAUCUAUGCCAUCAGAGGCGUUCAACACAGAAGUUCAUGUCAAUAGGUUUUACAUGGACUAUUAUGACAGUGGAGAGGUAAGACAGUUCCACACUGACCUUUCACUACUUGACCUCAAUGGCAAGGAGGUGAUGAGGAAAACUAUAAGUGUGAAUGAUCCAUUGAGGUAUGGAGGAAUCACUAUAUACCAGACAGACUGGAGUCUUUCAGCAGUUCAAAUAUUGAAGGAUAAUGAAGGGCCAUUCAAUUUGGCAAUGGCACCUCUUCAAAUCAAUGGUGACAAGAAACUCUAUGGAACAUUCCUGCCUAUUGGAGAUGUUAAUUCUCCUGAUGUGAAGGGAAUAUCAAUGCUAGCUCGUGAUCUCCAGUCAAUUGUCCUCUAUGAUCAACAAGGAAAGUUUGUUGGAGUAAGACGGCCAAACUCAAAGCUCCCAAUUGACAUAGAUGGCAUUAAAAUUGUCAUUGUUGAUGCAAUUGGUAGUACUGGGCUGGACAUAAAGACUGACCCUGGGGUGCCAAUUGUUUAUGCUGGUUUUGGUGCUUUAAUGCUCACAACUUGCAUCAGUUUUUUAUCUCACUCACAGAUUUGGGCCUUGCAAGACGGUACAGAGGUGAUUAUUGGAGGCAAGACAAAUCGUGCAAAAGGUGAAUUUCCAGAGGAGAUGAAUCUCUUACUUGAUCAAGUCCCUGAAUUAGUUGAAUCAUCUUCUCCUAAGCAAUCUGAUGUUAUCAGUGGCUGAUGUAACACUCUACGCUGGGACAAAGAAGCAUCUUAAGAUGAAAUUUUCAGCUAAUGCACACACACUGCAUUAGGAAUAUGAUGCAGGAAAUUGUCAAUAGGGUUUGACUUGACUGCUCAAGAUAUUGGUGCAUCGAGCUUGAUUGAAGAUAAUCCAGAUAUUGUUUUCACUCUCGUCACAUAUCCCAAGGAUUUAAAGUAUGCUUGUCAACUUGUCUGACUUUCGCAUCAGAUGAUUCAUGAAGCAAAUUCUUGACACUGGUAGAUCAAUCAAAUUUGUAUACCAAUAUUCUUUAAUCUCAGGCAUCUUUCAUGUGGGGUGUUGGGCUGGUUUGAAGUCUUUGGUUUACUUAGGUUAUUUGCAUUGUAUAGUUAAUAUCAUUAGUCAUACAUAUGUGAAUAAGCAGCAAAUUAUUUUUCAUCCAA